CGCUUUUCUCCUCAGCAACCUGUCAGUCUGUUGUAGAUUUAUUCUCUCUCUCAAGAGUUCGAGCGUUGCUCAGAGGUUUGAUCCUCAUUUUUGCUGUGCUGGCCGAAUUCGUUUUUAGUCGAAUAUUGACUAUAACAAUUUUGACGACAAAUUACCGAGUUGCUGCCACGCUGAAGCGGCAAGACUCUCUUGGCACUUCUUCUGCUGUCGUAUCAUGGCCAAGCAAAAACAUGGCCAGUCCAGUUCAAGACUAGAUCGUCAACAACGUAGACAUCUACCAGCUGCUAUAGCUUGCCCUUCAUCAUCCGUCUUAUCAAUCCUUGCAACCAUCGCUGCUAGCUCGCGAACAGUAGAUGGAAGUCCACUCCCACAGCCGACCCCACCUCCAUCUUUUCUAUGUCCGUUUAUGGAUCAUGUCAAUACCUGCAUCCAUAACACAACGCCCACAACAUCCUAUACCAGCAUAAUAACCCCUUCGACAUCCUCCAUGACUCCAACUAAACACACGCAACAGUUGGCAGACAGAUACGUUCAGGGGCCUAACGGCCGCUGGUACAAGACAGAUGCCUGGACUUUGUAUGGUUCAACAUACUAUGCUUCGUCUCCUGACCUUGCAGAUGAUGUUUCAACAUCUUCGUCGGCUCUUCUUCCAACCGCCUCCACCCAAAUAGACUCCGUCCUUCCUGCGGGUUGGUCUACAUCAUCCCAAAGCGAUCGCACCGACUCUAUCAUCAUCCUCUCGCUAGCCAUAGUAUUGGCAGUUUCAAUUUGCCUCUUCAUUAUAAGCUGCACCGUUUGGAGAAAGAGACGGAAAAAAAUGUUGAACAGAGAAAAGAAAGAGAAUGACUUGGAACUGAAAGCUAGACAUAAGGUGAACCUGGAAGAUCCAUCGGAGGACGGUGAGAAGGAGAACGAAGCUCGCGGAAAGAAUCGCUUGUGGGCGAGAGCAAGCGCUCGGUGGAAGGCUAACAUACGACAUUCUGCUCGUCGACGCAGGCGACGUCAUGGCUUGUCCACCAGAAGUCGACCACAAUCCCCCAUAUUAUUGGAUCCUCGCGAGGCGUCUACCCACUCAUCCCCUGUUUCGUCACGGCGACAUUCGAUGGCAUCUGUCUCUGAAGAUAUUGACCACCACGCUAUUCCGAUUGAGAAUUCUCUCACUCCCACACGACCACCUUCUACAUCACCCGACCCAUCUAGCUCAUGUAACGUUUUGUCUCCCCCUGCUUACAUAUUUCCCACACUGCAUUCGCGUCCUGAAAUUGAAGGUCGUCCUCAGGAGGCAUCACACGAACCUUCGGGCGACCCAACAUCACGUCGAGGGUCACUACUCUUCGAUCGUGACUUUCCACCUGCGGACCAUGACGACAUUCCUUAUCACCCCAUUGCUGGACAUGUCGCCAUUGAUGAUAAGACUCAUCUCGCCCGUAUGGCGGAGUUGGCUAGCGCGCCUCCCAUAAUUCAGGAUGACACUCGCGGAAGAUCCUCCAUACAUGAGUCUGCCCCAGAAUGGCAUGAUGAUUUUGAAGACCACCCUACCCAACCAGUCACUGUCGCACCCUCCGAGGCUUCUCUAUUCGAGGUUGGGAACUCGGGUUUCCCAAAACCGCCCUCGAAAAGCGUUUUGUCACCUAGGUAUUUUGAUGGGCACAGCUAUUUGCAGGAUAUCGCCGCAUUAGAUCCUAUCACAUUGCCUUCUAUGCCCCCAUACGAGGCUCAACCCAACGCCAUUCCCUUUGAGGACACUCUGACAGCUUCGGCUCCUCCAAUAUCGGAGGAUGACCAAGUUUUUGACGGCUGGGAAGGCAGUGCUCCCGAAGCAUCUGAAAUUUACGGUGAUGAGUGCGACACCCACAUUGGAUCAUCCCUGCCCUCCUUGUCACAUGCGUCCAGUUCUCAAGCUUCCGCUCCGCCGGAAGAGCUUGUUAGCAUGCAUGGCGUACUUCCGAUAUACCAACCCUAGUUGUGGGUUUUUGGACCAUGUUUUUGCGGGCAUUUGGAAUGUUAGUAUAUUGUAUUGUACCAUAUACCUAAUCAUCACCCUGUCUUCAUGGACAAUUGCCAAUUGCGCAUUACAAUGUUGUUGUAGUGCUUGUUGCAGUAUACUUAUAUAUUAAUAGAGCAAACGAAGUUAAAGCUGUGGCCAGCGGCACUA